CAACGGAGGAUAAGGCAAUUUGAUGUUCAGGUUAUGUGGGUUGGACAAAGCUACUGCCAUUUCGGCAAGGUCUCUUGUUGUGCUGACAAGCAUUUCCUCAGUCAUCAUACUGCAGGAACGGGAACCCUUGUAUUCUGAACGCCUUGUGAAUACCCGCACAAGGAUCGAUACAAGGUCCAGUUAGCUAGCAGGCGUUUGCCAACACACUUCUAGAGGUGGCUAGAAUCCACCGAUGCUUCAUUGAAGUGCGCACUCAACUGUACACAUCGAGAAGUAGAUUCUGCGGUUGCACCUGCACGCAACACAAGCACGCGCCUCUUGCGCAGGGGCCGUGUCUCGUGAUUAGCUGACGGACCACUAGAUGCCCCUCAUUCCCACCCCAAUCCUUGCAGCACUUGGAGGCUACUUCUUCACAUAUUACAACACAAGGAUCACGGAGGAGCGCAAAGCACAGAUUGAGCGUGUCAAUGAGCAGGUGCGCUCGCUCUAUGGACCCCUGUUGGCGUGCGUGACAGCCUCAAAGUCAGCUUUCGAGGCGAUGGUGCACCAGCACAGCCCAGAGGCCGGCGACAGAAAUUUUGUGGAGCUCGUCAGGGAGAAUCCCGAGGGGAGAGAGGGCCAGAUUUACAGGCAGUGGAUGAAGGAGGUGCUUCAGCCGCUGAAUGAGAAGGCGGCUGACAUCAUCGUGCGCCAUGCGGACCUGCUGCAGAGCGCACGGAUGGAACCUCUACUGCUUCAACUUGUCGCGCAUGUGUCAGCCUACCGAGUCAUCCUCAAAAGGUGGGAGGCUGGGGACCUGAACGAGUGGAGCGCUAUCACUUACCCGGACAAGCUGCAUGAAUAUGUCACUGAAGAGUUCAGGCGGAUCAAAAAGCGCCAGGCAGAUCUUCUGGGCAUCAAGGAAGGAAUCAGAUCAAAGCUCUGAUCUGCUUGCAGUUCAUGUGUUGGUUUAAAUGGAUGUGAUCAAUUAGAUCUCCUGGGUAGAGGAUCGUUGCAUUGUUGCUGCAUGUUGUGCACUCGUGAGGCAGUCCUCCCUCUUAUUUCCCUGGAAACCACAUUCCUUUGGUGUGUGCAUGUCUGUCUUGCUAAGGAAGCGCACCAUAUGCUAUGGUCUCAAACAUGACAAUACAAUUGUAUGAGUGUGUGUGUAUUGAAGGCUUGCAGCACUGAAAGUUCAGACUGCCAUAGCGGUUUUACUGAGCUUCAGCAGUGAAUUGAAUGACCAUGUACAGUAGCGUGGAACAUCAAUGACUAAUCUCAUGACAGGUUGUGCUGUAUGAUUUUGAGGACAGGUUGGGUAAGAUGGGAUUGCCUAUC